AUAACUAUUUUCACAAUUAAAAAUAUUCGUGUUAAUGCGACGAUGUCAUGUGAUUGCUAUGAGAUAUUUGGAUGUUAUAUACUGAUUGAUGAUCGAUCAUAACUUCACCGGACGAAGUUACCUAUUAUAUAUGAGGAAAGGCUGCACCAUGAAGUGACGAUUGUUGAGGAGCAUUAUUUGUGAUCUCCUUGUCUAAACGAUCUAUAUCAAGGUUAAAUCGAUAGUAAUCAUUUAUUUUAACAGUGCGUGCGGAUCAGACGGAAGAAAUGGCCUCAAAUGAAGCAGGCAAGCCGCUUGUAUCCCGAGAAGACAUCAACUGGCGAAAGGAUAUAAUUUCACAGUUACGCGAAAGGAACAGAUCGCAAACCACUUGUUUUGCGGAACUCAUAAGCCUACAUAAUAGGUUAUUUGAAAGUGUAAACACAUUACGAAAUACAAACAUGCAAUUGACAAUUGCAAAUGAGACUCUUCGUCGUGAAUCGGGAAAUGGCACUCCUGGUUUAAGUGGAAAUUCGGAUCUCGAAGCUAGACUUUUAAAACAAGCAGAAGAAUUGGCAAUGCUGCAUAAAAGGAAAGGAGAGCAUACACAACAAAUAGUAGAUCUCAAUAAUAAACUGCAGAACAUGACGAAAGAACUACAAGCAAAGGAAGCCAGUCUUGCGGAAAGUUUGGAAACUAACAACAAUUUACAUGUAGAAAUAUCUAAAUACAUUGCUAAAGAAAAAGAAUUAGAAGGUGUUAGUCAGAUGCUCAAAGAUGAACAUCAAGCUUUGCAACUUGCUUUUGCAUCUUUAGAAGAAAAACUUAGGAAAACACAGGAAGAAAAUCGACAACUGAUUGAACGCUUAAUAAAAUAUAAAGCCAGAGAUGCAGAAAAAAUGAAUGAGGAAAAUGACAAUUUUUUAAGAAAAAGGCAAGCAAAGUUGCAAAAAGAAUUGGAAGAUGCAGCACGUGAUACCAGACCUGUCAGUCCCGAUCGUUUAAGCUUAAAAGAAGGAAUCGCUGGUCUUCCGACAGCAGUGCCAACGAAAGUAUCCGUAACAUUUAGUGCCCAUGAAGGGGAAGUUUACGCUGUUAAAUGGUCGCCUACCGACAGAACUCUGGCUACUGGUGGUGCUGACAGAAAAGUCAAACUUUGGAAUAUUACUAAAGGCACAUCUGAGAGCAAAGGCAACCUCGUUGGCAGCAACGCUGGUGUGAUGUCAGUGGAUUUCGACUCGACGGGCACGCUUAUCCUCGGAGCAUCUAACGACUAUGCAAGCCGCGUCUGGACCGUCAGUGAUUUUCGUCUAAAGCACACACUCACGGGCCACUGCGCAAAGGUGAUGGCGGCGAAGUUUCUUGGCGAGCCGUCAAAAGUAGUUACGGGAAGUUAUGAUCGAACCUUAAAAAUCUGGGACCUGCGCAGCAAAGCAUGUAUAGAGACGAAAUUUGCUGGAUCAAGUUGCAAUGACCUCGUAACUUCUGAUGGAGCUGGCUCUACAAUAAUUAGUGGUCAUUUCGAUCAAAGGAUCAGGUUUUGGGAUACUAGAGCUGAAUCCAGCUCGAAUGAUAUCCUACUGGAAGGGAAAGUUACGUCUUUAGAUUUAUCCCGCGACGCAAAUUAUCUUUUGAGUUGUGUGAGGGACGACACGGUGAAGCUGAUUGACUUACGAAUGAAGAAGAUUGUUGGGUCUUUCAGCGGUGACGGUUUCAAAGUGGGAUUCGAUUGGACAAGAGCCGCUUUCAGUCCUGACGGGCAGUAUAUAGCGGUGGGUUCCGCAGACGGUUCCGUCUUCAUCUGGUCUAUCGCGACGAAUAUGAUCGAGACGAUACUAAAAGGGCAUGCGGCAGCAGUAACAGCCGUGUCUUGGCACCCGCACGGCAUGUACUUGGCAUCUGUCGAUCGUGCCAAGACGGUGACGGUUUGGGGCGAUCAAGUUUGACAGGAGGUGUGAUCCCGGGACAGACGAUUAUUGUUUCACGCAUGAAGAUCUCGUGCCGUUCGUAUCGGCCUUCUCGCGGCUGUGAAAUGAAGCGGUCGCGCGCGCACACUUGCGAUUCACGGCCGCAAUCCAGCGAGAUUUCACGGCGGGCAUCCAACAGAAGGAUAAUCAAAAUUAUUGGUCGGUUCGGCCGCACGGGUUAUAAAGCCAUGUAAGGCCACCGUUUUGAGAGCUGUAAAGCGCAGACACCGCGCCGAACAAAUCUGGAAGCGCGGUAGGGACUAUUGUACAUAAAACUGCACUUAUUGUUACUCCCAGGUUGUAAAGAUUCCCUUUUUAGAAUAGUAUCUGCGCGCUUCAGCCGCGCCGCGCCGUCUACCCGCAGGAAAUUUCAGAGAUCAUCAUAGUCACUGGUGUUUUUCAGGAUUCGAUAGAUAUACGCUUCCUUCGCUAACUGUAACAGAUACGGUCGCGUGUUGUCGUCUGUGCGAAUUCGGGGUGUCUAUACGUGACAUCCAUAGUGUUAUAACAAGAUGUUUGCGAGAGUUGCAUAUUAACCGGUUAAAUGUACCAGAAUUAUUUUUGUUUACCAAAAAGUCAAUUAUCGAGAUACUUUGUAGAAGUUGCCGAAUGUUGUCGACAUUUGAGUGCGACGGAAGAUAUUUUUCGGGAUACGAUGAGGUGAGCGAGCAAACAUUAAUGUAAGAACGCGCUUAGAUCUUUGAGAAUGAGAUUACUUCCCCGGAAUUAAAUAUGCAUUAUUAAAAACUUUGCGAGCCAUUUAAUGCCCGCAGAAGCCGAUUAGUUUUAGUUUCAUCUCAUAUUUAAUAUGUUUGCGUAUUGAGAAUUAUUUUAAAUAUGAAGCAAUCUCAUAAAUUUUUUUCUCUAUAAUGCAAAGUUAAUUCUGCUGGAGUAAUCUUACUUAUGAAUGCGUCUCCAUAUGUGUGCUAUAAUUCGUUUCAUCGCCAGAUUCUCCGACGUCAGUGAAACUCAUAUACGUCAAACUCUUAAUACAAGUCUGACAGAAUAGAAAUCGGGAUAUAGGAAUUAAUCAAGCAAGCACAAUAACGGUACGAUAUUGAUACUAAUUGCAUUAUACACAUUUGCAUUGAUUUACGUAAUUAACGGUAGGGUAUAUCGUACACUGUGUCGAAGUCAUUAUUUUUACUGAUAAAUGCAACGAUUGGCUAAUGAAAUUUAUUUACACGCCCAUACCAUUUUUUUGUUAGAAAAUAAGCUGCUGAAUAUUAAAGCCUUAGGGACAAUUAUAAUUGUCUGAUCGAAGAGGUCCAAGUGUAACAUUGUAUCUUUCUAAAACGUUGAAUUUUUGCAAUUACGAUAGUUUACUCAUUUUUUAGUAUUUAUGACAAUCAUACAUUUUGAUUACUGCGUGUAUCGUGCUAAUAUUUUACUACGUCCAUUACUCAGAAGUAAUAUGCACUGCAUUUUGUUUUACCACACAAAUUUAUAUUUUGCAAAUGUUUUUUACUGCUAUUUUUAUGGAGCUCUUCGGUCACUAUUUCAUAUUUAUUACGUAUGUACUUGCGCGUAAAGUUACAAUGUCUAAAGUGGUUUUGGUUUAAAAAUUGUAUACAUCCAUUCACGAAUCACAUUAUGAAAUAAUUAUUUAAGAGCCCGUUUUUAUAUCAUACAAUUAAAUCCUCACGUACAAUACUUUUUUUUUAUCUGCGAGUCGUUGUUAAAGGCGAUUAACUUCCAAUUAGCAUAUAAAGAAUUGGUCAUUGAUUUGCAUAACACUGGAAGCUUAAUUUCUUAAUAUCGAAUUUUAUUUCGGCUACAUUUUUUUUAAACAAAGAUGAAAGUUAUCUUAGCUAAUCUUAUUCUAAAAAAAUAAUUAUUCACUUUCAUUCUCUUACUCGAUCGAGAAAAAUUUAUCGAUUCUAUAAUCAUCAUUAUAGAAUUAUUAACACAUCACAAGUUAAUAAUUUUACAAUUAACAUUUUGGAAACUUCAUAUCGUUAAAUCUUGUAUCAACGUAAUUUAUUUAACACACAUGAUUGACAAUCAUUUUGCUGCAUUUCUUAAGAACGCAAGCCAAUGACCACGCCUUUUUGUCAUCACGAUAAUAAUUAGCGACUCGCGUUUUGAGCAAACUGUAACCAAUUGCGUCCAAAGUAUUGUGUAAUGAUUUUAAUACUAUACUAUACUUACACUUCAUUUUUGAUUCGAUUAUUAAACCUAGACACUGUACUCUCCUUUUCUCUGUAUACAAUCUUAGCAGAAAUGCUAUAUACAUUGUUCACAUAUGUAAAUAUAUAUAAACGUUUCCCUCUUGUAUU